AUGAGGGACCAAAUCCAUGAUAUGUCGGUAUUGACUGAUAAAGUCAUGGGUCAUAUCACUCCAGGAAUGGAUGCGGGUUCUAUCCAGCUGAACAUACCACCUAGUAGCAGAGCCCGAUUUGAAUUUUUCAAUGGCUUUUACAGUGGUCGCGGGGAUUUUGCGGCCCCAAAAUCUGGCCCUUGUGUCUCCCUGAUGAGCGCUUGGCAUUGUUGCAAUUCAAGGAAAGCUUUAUCAUCGAUUAUUCUGCCUCAAGAGGAAAGUGGUGGUGAUUGUUGUUCAUGGAAUGGGGUCGAGUGCGACAACAGCACUGGUCAUGUAAUCGUCCUUGACCUUAGCAGCAGUUAUCUUAAAGGGUCAAUCAAUUCCGGCAGCAGCCUCUUCCGUCUUGUUCACCUUGAAUGGCUUAGUCUUAAGGACAACGUCUUCAACAAUUCUGAAAUUCCCUCAGAGAUUAGGAAUCUCUCAAGACUGACGUCCCUAGACCUCUCUCACUCCAACUUCUCUGGUCAUGUUCUAUCAGAAAUCCUGGAACUAUCAGAAUUAAAGUUCCUUGAUCUGUCAGGAAACUCAUUGAAGCUCCGAAAGCCAGGCUUGGGGUCUCUGCUUGAAAAGUUAACAAAUCUUCAUGGACUUGUUCUCUCUGAUGUGAAAAUUUCUUCUUCGGUACCUAAUGUCUCUGCAAAUUUUUCUUCAUUGACAUCUUUAAUUUUAUCAAAUUGUGACUUGCGUGAAGAGUUUCCAACGGGGAUUUUUAAGUUACCAACUCUUCAGUUUCUCAGCCUGCAAUCUAAUCAGGAGCUUACUGGAUAUUUACCUGAUAUUCAGGGCAGUCAUCCUCUUUUGAAACUAAGCCUUGCAAACACAAGUUUUUUCGGACAGCUGCCAGAAUCAAUUGGAAACUUCAAGUCCUUGGACUAUUUGGACAUCAACAACUGCCAUUUUUCAGGGAAGUUACCACGUUCACUUGGUAACCUUACAGCACUCAAAUAUCUUGAUCUGUCUUGUAAUAACUUUUCGGGACCUAUUCCUCCUUCAGUUGGAAACCUAAACCAGCUCAUGAGUUUGAAUUUCUAUUAUAACAAUUUUUCUGGGGAGAUCCCUUCUUCCUUAGCCAAUCUUACCCACCUUGUUUAUCUGUCCCUUUCCACCAACAGUUUCGACCAUGGAACCUUGUCCUGGAUUGGCAAACAAACCAAUCUAACAUACUUGGAUUUGUCAAACGCCAAUUUAACUGGUAAAAUCCCAUCUUCUCUCAGAAAUUUGACCCAAAUUUCUAUAUUAUAUCUCUGGGGCAACAAGUUAGAUGGUCAGAUUCCACCUUGGAUAGGAAACCUUACCAAGCUAAGUGAGAUUAAGUUCCAGGAAAAUAUUUUGAGUGGGUCUAUUCCAGAAUCACUCUUCAAGCUUGAGAAUCUUGAACUUCUUUAUUUACAAAAAAAUCAACUAACAGGAAUUCUCAAGUUGGACUCAUUUCUUGAGCUUAAAAAUCUCACCGGACUCCAACUUUCAGGUAACAACUUGUCCUUGCUCAACAAUGUCAGCAUCAUUGCCACUCCUCGAAGGUUCAAGCUUCUAGGAUUGGCUUCAUGCAACUUAUCUGAGUUCCCAAGUUUUCUGCGUAGUCAACAUGAAUUGGAGUUUUUGGAACUUGCUGACAACAAAAUUCAUGGCCAGAUACCAAAUUGGUUCAAGGAUGUGGGAAAAGAAACUCUCCAGUACUUGAAUUUGGGCUUUAAUUUUCUGACAGGAUUUCAGGAGCUUCCUACCGCUCUUCCAUGGAGUAGCUUAGAGGUUUUCAACCUUGAAUUUAACAUGCUUCAAGGAUCACUGCCCCAUCCGCCGCCUACCAUCAGCUCUUAUUUAGUCUCGAAUAACUCGCUGUCAGGAGAAAUCCCACCAAUGAUCUGCAAACUUUCUUCUCUUCUGGUCUUGGAUUUGUCCAAUAACAACUUGACCGGGAUGCUGCCGCCAUGUUUAGUCAUUCUAAGUGACUCUCUGAAAGUUCUCAACCUUCGAAAUAAUCACUUUUCCGGUGCUAUUCCUCCAACAUAUACCAAGAGCUGCAGGUUGAGUAUGAUGGGCUUGAGCCAAAAUCAAUUGCAAGGGAGAAUACCGAGAUCACUAGCUAACUGUACUCAGAUAGAAGUUCUAAUUCUUGGAAACAAUCAGAUAAGUGAUACCUUCCCUUCUUGGUUGGGUACUCUUCCAAAACUCAAGGUUCUCAUCUUGAGAGCAAACAGAUUGCACGGUGUGAUAGGGAAACCUCAGACCAAAUCAGAAUUCUCCAAGUUGCAAAUAAUUGAUCCUCAGACAAUAGGUUAA